AUGCCGCUGGUCUCGAAGCGCUCGUCUAGUCCGGCUCCCGUCUACUCUGGGUAUCUUGCUGCACCCAACAGGUUGGGAGAAUUGAUAGUGGUGGUUGUGCAAGCAGAAUGCGGAUUUGAGGCUGCGCAGCGUUGUAUACAAAGAUCUCCCGUUGGCUACGCUUCUCAGAAUGGCGGCACCACGGGUGGUAAAGGUGGUACCACCACCACGGUAGCGUCCUUGGCUGAGUUCACCGCUGCUGUCGGCAAAAAGACGGACACGACUCCUAAGGUCAUCUACAUCAAGGGCGCGAUCACUGGCUCCGCCAAGGUCAACAUCGGCUCGAACAAGUCCAUUCUCGGCACCGAUUCCAGCGCCUCCCUCACUGGUAUCGGUUUGUAUGUUGACAAGUCGACAAACGUCAUCAUCCAGAACUUGAAAAUCUCCAAAGUCCUGGCUGAGAAUGGCGACGCGAUUGGUAUCCAGGCAUCGACUAAUGUUUGGGUUGACCACGUUGACGUCUCGUCCGACAUCGACCACGACAAAGACUACUACGACGGACUUAUUGACGUUUCGCAUGCUUCAGAUUGGGUCACCAUCUCUAAUAGCUACAUUCACGACCAUUAUAAAGCGUCCCUUGUCGGUCACUCGGACAAUAAUGGCGCCGAAGACACCGGCCACCUUCACGUAACCUACGCCAACAACUACUGGAACAACGUCAGCUCGCGCACGCCCUCCAUUCGCUUCGGAACCGGUCACAUCUUUAACAGCUACUACAACGGCAUCUUCACCAGCGGCAUCGACACGCGCCAAGGCGCACAGAUUCUUGUCGAGAGCACCGUGUUCGAGAAUACUGCCGAGGACAUUGGUUACUUCAACGGUAAAGUGACCGGCUAUGCCGUUGUCAACGAUGUUAGUCUUGGCUCUGGGACGAACACUGCGCCCAAGGGCACUUUGACCGUGGUGCCGUACUCGUACACUAAGCUCGGGAGCGCGAAUGUCAAGGCUUCUGUGCAAGCCAAUGCCGGAAACAAGCUCAAGUUUUGA